AUGGAUUCUGGAACCAAAAUGUACCAGAGGACACUCCUGAAGUCCAUUGCAGAGCGGAUUAAGGCCCUCACCCGCGGUUCUACGAGGGUUACACAAGACUCCCUGGAGCAAUCGUCCGAGCCUGAAGCCGAAAUGGAGGAAAGCUUAUUUGAAGUUGGGGUCCCGCAGCUCCAUAUGCGAUUGAGCCAGCGUCAUUUCCCGUUAUACAAUGUCGUAGCGCCCGGUCCGGGCGCAUGGACUACCAGAGACGCCGCGGCACUAAGCGGCCAGCGACACGCUCUGCUUUGCGCAGCAUGGCUAGACAAGAAUGACAUAAACAUCAAGCUGCCAGCAGCGCAUUCACAGCCGGCCUCAUGGCAAUACCCGCUGGGGCACGACAAUGACCCGGCACUCCCGCAAAAGCGCUUUCGCAAGGAGUUCAAAUUCGCCAAUGCACGCGAUUCCAUGUCGAUGCACAAUGUCCUAGUCACCUAUUGCUGUUUUGGAUCGAGCAGCGAUGUCGUGAGAUCUUCCCCCGAUCCUGGGAACAUUACUUUGGAGGGCUAUGUGUCUCCUUGUUGGGGACUUCUUCCAGCUCAUCCUGCGGGAACCGCUCUUUACAACAUCCCGCGGAAGACCCGCUACAUACAGGCAAAGGCCUUUCAUUCACAUGAUGCAAGCGUCCGGUUUCGGGAGAUGAUUGAACGACUCCACGGGGAGCGUCUUACUCGCGCGGAUUUUGAGCUUCUAGCCUCCCAGGUGCAGGGUAGCGUUGCAGGGUAA